CACAUUUGAGGAGGAAAGGGUUUGACUUAAGACUUGCUUAAUGUUAUCUUUGGAUGAAACACUCGGCUGUUAUCAACCCUUAAAGGGAAAAGUCUGCUUUUUUUUUAGUGAAGUGAGUGAUUGAAAUGGCGUCGAAUAUUGAUACAUCUUUUUGCAGUCGCGCACCAGUUUCCCUAGGUAGACCUGCCACCGCUAAUAAUAUUCCAGAAACUUGCGAAAUAGUAGAAGUGUCCGAAAUUCGCGAUCUACUGGAGUACAACCCACCACAACCCUUUAGUACAUCAGCAGUUUUGAAUUAUUGUCAACGCAAGAUGAUUUUGCCAUACACCCGUCUCCUUGGGCUUCUUGGGUUGAGGCCUUUGCUUGGAGACUUUAAUGAUCAAACCCUUGCAUUAAGUGCAAUCAACAAAAUUCAUUUGUUCUUGGUGACAUGCUUCCUCAUAUUUGGCUAUGUUAUGCAACUUUUCACAUGCUACAGAAGAGACAAAGGUUUCUCAUAUGUCAAAAGUUCUGGUUUUCAUAACCUAAGCCAAAAUCACCAUCAACAUUUGACUAAGUUGAGAGAAACAACUGAAACUGUCUGUGAUGGAAGUUUGUUCCUUUGCUACAUUUUACCUCCUCUACUUCACCUGUGUGCUUUUGUUCAGACAAUUUACUUACUAAGAAUAACAGAAAAUGAACAUCUGCAAACACUCUUUGAAAAGGUUUUUUUACUGACAUCACGAGCACGAGGAGCAAAGACUCAAAGGAUUCUUUUACGAAGACUUCGAAUUCAUGUUAUUCUUUCUGUGAUUUGGUUGCUAUGGUCGCUAGUUGCCCAAAUUUUCCUUGUGUGUACCAGCGCCAUAACAAUGGUUUCAUUUCUUCCACAAAUGAGCUAUGUUGUUCGCAAUUCAUUAAUUGGGAUAAUGAUUGCCUCUACUUUGUGCCAGGAUGUUGUUCAUUGUUUAGUCGUCAGCAACUAUUGCAUCGAGUGUCAGUUGCUCAUGUCUUAUGUCAGUUCUAUUAGUGAACGCGUUGUUGAAAAAUCUCUGUCCCUGGAAGUCGCCAUGAAAGAAAUGCUGGAAUUCGAGAAGUUCCUGUUGUACUUGAAUGAAAAUGUUUCUCCUGCCAUCGGUUUGCUGUUGCUUCUCUCAUCGACCCGGACGAUAGUGACGACCCUGACAGUCAUUCAUCCGGGAUUUUUGUACUACACGGUCGAUGCACACUCGUUUAUAGUGAUUAUGUUACUGGUUCAGUGGGCUUCUGUUUCCAUAGCACCGCUUGUUUCCGCCGCGUAUGUUACUGCCUCAAGUCGAAACGUCCGUACAAUGGGAAUGAGAAUACGAGUCCGUCCGUUCGGCUUUCAGGAUGUUCCUGCCCAGAAGUUGGAUUCGUUCAUGACAUUUAUGGCAUGUCACAAAGGUGUUGCUAAGCUGUGCUUUGUUCCUAUCAGUGCUGGAUCGCUUGGAGCAGUCGUAGCUAUUGCUGCCCUAAUCUUUCUCAUCAGUGCUAACGUAUCGUAACGUAGUGAUGGAUCUAAAACCGUAAGUCAGCACUUGUUCUCUGUUACGCUGUGAUAAUACUCUCAGGUCAUUUCAGAGUUUCUAUCAUUUGUUUACCUCACUCGGCAAAUUAAUACAUCUUUGAUGUCAAA